CUCGUCCACCAUGUCCAAGCAGCUUCAGUUCAAGCUCGUUCUCCUCGGUGAAUCCGCCGUGGGCAAGUCUAGUCUGGUCUUGCGUUUCGUGAAGGAUCAGUUCGACGAUUACCGCGAGAGCACCAUCGGAGCCGCGUUCCUCACACAGACGGUAACUCUCGAUGAUGGUAUGACCGUCAAGUUCGAGAUAUGGGAUACUGCAGGCCAAGAACGUUAUAAGUCUCUCGCACCAAUGUAUUAUCGGAAUGCCAACUGCGCGGUGGUUGUCUAUGAUAUCACGCAAACCGCAUCGUUGGACAAAGCUCGUAAUUGGAUCAGGGAGCUGCAGCGCCAGGCAGAUCCCUCGAUAGUCAUCGCCCUGUGCGGUAACAAAUCCGAUUUGGCUGCUCGCCGGCAGGUAACCCAAGAAGAGGCUCAGAAAUACGCAGAGGAAGAGGGUCUGAUGUGGGCAGAGACCAGUGCAAAGAGCGGCGAAGGUGUGGCAGAUAUCUUCACUGCCAUAGCUAAGAAGCUUCCAACGACCGCACCAUCAUCAUCGAGAGCCGGCGCUGCUGGUCGAGCUGGUGCUGCAGGUGGUAGAGCGGGUGUUGACCUCAACAAGCAGCAGAGCGCUGUUCCAGGCGCCGACGCUUGCAACUGCUGAUCGCUUUUCUUUGUCUUUGUCGGUGUGGCCACUGUCUAUGCAUGUUUUCUCCUAUCCACCUGAUUUUUGACUAUGGCGGAUAUCUCUCGGAUCGCCGAGCAUAGAUCCUACGCAAGCACCUUCAUACUUCUUUGCGUCCUCUCACGGAUCCUGUUUUCGCUUAUCUCGUACUCCUGUAGUAUAUUUAAUCUCCUUCACAUUUGGCUUUCUCAUUCGAUACAUGCGACAUAUUAUGUGGACUUUACAUGGGAGUCGGCCUCAC